CCAUAAUCUAUUGAGACCCUCUGCUCGUUCACAUGGCAGCUGCCGUACUUAGAGGUGAACUUCGGCGCCGUUAGACUCCAUCCGAGUCUGUGGCUCUAAUUGACCGGCCUCUUAAUAAGCAGUGCACGAAGUGGGAUCUCCUAUUGAGGCAGGUACGGCACGGCACGGGCAGGAUACGUAAGCCCACCGCUCUCUCUCUUUUACCCUAUAAAGCCGGCUUCCGGCGAUGUAAUUCACCUGCUCUUAUGCCGACUGCAAGCUGAGUCCCGGCGCGGCAUCUUGCAUCCAUAACCAUAGUCAUUUUUUUCACACAAUUCCACGCAUCCUGGCAUGGCGAGCCUCGUGUCGGAUGAACCCCUUUCUGCCGGUCGACCUUCCCCAGCCGGUAAUAGUGGCGACCCUCCUUCCACGGCAUCGUCAACCUUGAAACGAGCCGCUCUAGCGUGCGCGAACUGUCGAAAGUGUAAAGCCCGAUGUAUCGUCUCGAACAACCCCGACUCUUGCGAGGAAUGUUGCAAAAGGAACAAAGAGUGUAUCUGGGUCCAGUCAAAUCGUGGGAAAUGGUCUCGCCCAGCCAAGCGAGGUAAGCUACGUGAAACCCAGCCGUUUACUGUGUCGCCCGCUUCCCACGUCGAUUUUCGGGAUGACAGGGCAAAUCCGAGUGUGUCCCUGUUACCUGCUAAGGCCAACUCACCUCCAGCGCGUGCCAGCCUCACAUACGAGCACAGGGGCGCCGGCAACGGCGCCGAGACCGAGACUCGAGCAGACGAGAAUACAGUAGAGCAUGUUCACAAUCCGGGUCACUUCAGAGUUGACGGCGCCUUGUUUCCUCUUGGAGUUUUGGCAGAGGCCAGCCGGCAAAUUGACUCUAAUGCCAAUCAGGUGGAGUCUAACACACAGUCUGAAAUGGAGAACAGUUCCAGCAGUCUAUGGAACUCUUCCUCUCAAGCGAUAGGCGUUGCAAACAACAAAUACUUCCACGACGACAUCCGUGAACACCUCCUCCCGAAAGGCAACGUCCAGGCGAGAGCGAGCAUAUUAGCUGAUCAGAUCAUCACAAUAGCACAGGCGGAGCAACUAUUCAAAAUAUUCUUCAAGCGGUUGAAUCCACAACUCGGGCUCCUUGAUGAAAGGACCUGCUCCCCUCAAUCCUGUCGCCAAAGAUCGGUCUUUCUCUUCACAGCGAUAUGUGCCGUGGCUGCAAGGUUUUCCAAGAACGACCUAUUAUAUCAUGUUCUUCUCCAGCAUGCUCGAAAGGCUGGUUUGGACGCAAUGCUCACGUCCAAGUCGACCGCUACCGUCCAGGGUUUCAUCAUCAUUGCGACCUGGUCGCAGCAGUCGGUAUCGUACGAGGCGUGCAAUGCAUACUUUUACGCUGGUAUCGCAAUAAGAAUCGGCGUCGAGAUCGGCCUCCACAGGAAGACGGUUCUGCGGUACCCAGACAACAUGGACCCGUCAAUUAGGCAGGUAUACACCCGCGAGGUUCUCGAAAGGGAACGUACCUGGCUCUGCGUCUUCGUGAUGGAUCGGUCCAUGAGCGCCAUGACUGGCAAGCCCCCGCAGGCUCCCGAGACUUAUUUGAUCCGGGACGUCGACAAGUGGUGGCGUCAGCCCGAAUGUCUCUUGUCAGAUGUCUUUGUUUCGGCCCUUACACAAUUACUCCGGCUUCUCUACCGCUGCAUUGAUGUCAUUUAUUCGCGUGACGAUAUAGCCAGCAGCGUGUCCACGGGUCAUAACUACCAGGUCGUGGUCAAGGAUUUGCAGUGGCGUCUCGAUGAGUGGGGUCAGACCUGGACGCAGAAUCUCAACAAGUUCCACUGCGAACACGGAGAAGCGGGCCCCUUGGACCUCUACAUUUCUGACCUGCAGUUUUUUCGUGCUUUCUACAAUCUGGUCCCGUUAUCCUUCGGCCUCCAACAUUACACGGUCGAUAGCUUCGACCGAGUCGACCAGAUCUCCUUCGUGGCCCAGUGUUACCAGUGCGCCCGCAGCACGCUCGAGGUUGCUACAUACCAGCUCAAACACACGGAAAACUUCAAGGCCAUACCCGAUGUUGCCAUUGUUGCUGUCGGCUACGCGGCUUGCUUUCUUCUGAAGCUCAUCGGCCCCAAAUUUCCGCACCUGUUCAAUGACUCCUCUGUGAUCGAGCUCAUCAAGACAACCGCGACGCUGCUCGAAGAGGCCUCGGAGGACGAGCGCCACAUACAUAAUCUUUACUCUCUCUUCCUUCGCAAGCACCUCUCUCUGAGGCAGCCUCGAAGCUCGCCGUUAUCUGCUGACACCAGUGGUCACAACACGCAGGACAUGAAUGCCGUCACGGAUCCGUGCAGCAUUCACGUGAACACUGAGCUGGACAGUUCAUCUGCUGCUACCAGUGGUCAGAUCACACAGGAGCCUCGCCAGCUUCCGUCCACCCAGAUCGGGAAUAUUGUCGCUGAUCAAUAUAGCACCGAGGUCAAUACUGACCUGGACGAUUCAUUCACUGCUACCAGUGGUCAGAUCACGCAGGAGCCUAACCAGCUCCCGUCCACUCAGAUCGGGAAUACUGUCACUGAUCUAUACAGCACCGACGUCAACAUUGACCUGGACGGUUCGCUGAACUUCAUAUCUAUGUCUGGCGUCGAUGUGUUUCGACCCGCCGAUGACCUGGACUCCGGGUGGAUGGAUAGCGUGCUAGGACUUCAAAACCGCAGGAACGAUCCAUUUUGGUCGCUUUUGCAGGUGGCACCGCCAGCUUCGGACGAUUUUGAUUUUUAGAAUGAGAGCCAUUGAUAGCGUUACUCCGCUCUAUACAUCAGUGCCCAUCCGGUCACGGUCUGCGGUGCCAAACCAGUGAAUGCUUCAAC